AUGGGGAUAUCAGCAUUGGAACUCCACCCUCACCUGGCCGCCCCGGACACGCCUCCCGAACUGGUGAGCCCGUCUUCGUCCUCCUACUCCUCAAGACCCUCGCCGCCGGCAGACCUUCAGUCGUGGGCCUCUACCACCACCGCGCCUGUCUCUCCGCCAAUGUCCAACUAUGAGCGGAGUCCGGCCGCCAACGGCUCGUCACACGUCAAGGCUGUCGAUGACCACCAUCACAGUCGUCCGGAGCCUCUUCAGGCCCCCCUUCGGCAACAACUGCCUUCUCUGAGCAGCCUGUUCGGACCUCCAUCAUCCAUCCGCCCGUUGCAUUCGCCCAUUUCUGACAGGCCGGCGCACUACCCGGCCACCUCGCCACUGGAUCGUCCUCGUGUGUCUUCGGCCCACGGCGACAGGCCAUAUCAGACAUCCUACUUCCCAUCCGCCGGCUCUCCCUCCAUCUCACAACCUCGCACCACGUACGACGCUAGAUUCGACCAAGAACGGGCAUCACUGCACGCCUUGACCCGGUCGCUCUCGGGCUCUGACUCUUCCCGGUCCAAGGAGACGGAUCAUCGAACCCACGAUGCGCGGACUGACAACGGGCUCGGCGGCAGGUGGUCGAUUCAUCAGGAGGCUGCGAGGCACGAGUACUCCUUGGGUAGCAGGGAAAGCCACGGCGCGCUGAGGUCGCCGCACGACCGCGCGCCGUUCCAGUUCACCGGGGUCAAGGACUACGGAUCGAGUCUCCGCGACCAGCGCCCGGCUCCGGUGCCGGCGCUGGCUCAACCGGCUGCGGCCGCCAGCACUGUCACAUCCGAGGGACUUCCGUCCAAGGAUGGUCUGGGGCCCAAGAUCUGGACCGGCACGCAUUUCCUCCCACGCUUUGUGCGCGCUGCCGAGGUGCCAGGCGAAGGACCGUGCUACUUCUACGACGAUGGAAGCCACUGCAAGACGGUGAUUGACGGCGAGGCCGUCAACCCGCACUGGGGUGUGACCAAGGCUGGAAAGCCUAGGAAGAGGUUGGCAAUCGCUUGCAUCACGUGCCGCGAGAAGAAGAUCAAGUGCGACCCCGACUUUCCUCGGUGCGUUCAGUGCGAGAAGUUUGGACGUGUGUGCAAGUUCAAGAAUGCACCAAGGGGAGGGCACAACACAUCUCCGUCAACACCACCAGCUGAGCCGGAAGACUUGCGCCGCCACCCGCACAGCGCAAGUGAGCUCGCGCGGCCCGGAAGCAACUCGAGCGCCUCGGUGUCGCCGCGCACGACGAUCCGCCAGGCCAGUCCCGAGCCUCCCAUGUCGCACAAGCGCAUGCGCCUGGGCUUUGACAGCUACUCUUCCACGACCGCGGAUGCGCCACCCAUGGCUCACACCCCGGACACUGCCAAGUCGAGCGCAUCAUGGCAGCACCGGCCGGUUAUUGAGCUGCCUAGGAUUCACGAAGAGUUGCUCAACAGGACGUGGCAGCCUGAACCGUACGCAUCCGAGCAUCGAAUUCGCCACUAG